UCUGUGGGGAUGGAGCUGUUUUCAUGUGGAGUCCUGCUGUUGGCCUUAACGCUUACAGGAAGCAACGCACAGCUCGAUGUUUGUGGACAAGCUCCACUUAACACCAAGAUCGUAGGAGGCCAGGAUGCUCCUGCGGGAGCGUGGCCCUGGCAGGUCAGUCUGCAAACAUCCGGUCGCCACUUCUGCGGAGGCUCCCUGAUCAACAAUGAAUGGAUCCUGACUGCUGCCCACUGUUUCCCCAAGUAAGCUCUCACCCUCACCCCAUCACAACUGACCGUUCACCUCGGAUACGAGUCACUGCAAAGCACUAAUACUAAUGGGGUCUCCCGGUCAGUGUCACAGAUAAUCAUACAUUCACAAUACAACUCCAACUCCAACAACAAUGACAUCGCACUGCUGCGGCUGUCCUCAACUGUUGACUUCACGGACUACAUCCGACCUGUGUGUCUGGCGGAGGAGGGCAGCGACUUCCCUGCAGAGACGACCACCUGGGUCACCGGCUGGGGCGACAUCCGAGACGGCGUUUCCCUUCCUUCCCCUGGGACGCUACAGGAGGUGAGCAUCCCUAUCGUGUCCAACACCGACUGUAACGAUGCCUACAAUGGUAGAAUCACAAGCAACAUGAUGUGUGCCGGCGUGGCUCAGGGAGGAAAGGACUCCUGCCAGGGUGACUCUGGAGGCCCACUGGUGGUUAAAAACAGCUCCGUUUGGGUCCAGGCUGGAGUGGUGAGCUUUGGGAUAGGCUGCGCUCAGCCCAAUUUCCCAGGAGUCUACACUCGGGUAUCACAGUACCAGUCCUGGAUCAACAGCCAGAUCACCUCCAACCAGCCGGGCUUCAUCACCUUUGUGCCCUCCUCGGCUCACUUCAUCUACCUCUCAGUUCCUCUGCUGCUCUCCCUCCUCCCCAUCCUCUUCUCUCUCUUUGUCCUCUCAUAGGAAUGCAUCAUUUCUGCUGAACAUCAC